CCAAGGCGAAACUUCCAUACCACGUCGAAGGCGCCGCGAAACACCACGUUGGGCUACCUCCUUCCUAUUAUUACCACCGCAGCUUUGAUGCACUGGCCAUUUACGGCACAAUCCCGACUGUCACCACCGACUUGACGGCAAACAACCUCGUAGCGGCUGAUCCCAUCCAGCACCGUCCUAAUCAGCCCUGGCCACGAGCAGGUUAUCGGGUUUGCCCUACCCACGUAUCCAUUCCUUUUCGCACCCUUUUCGUACCCCAGCAAGCCCAGACACUCGUUUCGCAACUGACCUCGUCCCCACUGCCGACCAUCUCGGCCACGCGCACACCCCCUUCUGACCUCCGUGCUGCCGUGCUCGCCCGCCCUGUCAUCCUGGCCGCCCUGCCCGUCCCAGUCGUCCCUGUGCCCAGACUUGGCGCGCGCCACCUGCGAGCAGAAGCUGCCACACCCGCAUCUCCGUCCCUCAGCCGUGGCACCAGGCCUCAAACACCAAAUAUACCCCCAUCUUACAGCCUUGGUGGCCACCUCAUCCUUCGCCGCUCUCUAGCCCCCGACCAAGCUUUGCGCCGUGCGAGUGACACACACAACCGCUCAGCUUCAUCGCCUUCCUCGACCUGCCUGGUCGGGCUGACCUACUGCCCACGGCCCUGUCACUCGGGGUGAUUUGAAGUGGGCUUGAGACUAUUUGGUCGUCUCCAACCCCCUUACCGCACUCACUCUUCUUCCCGAGACAUACCCUCAUAUCUCGCCACGCGGUCUCAGCCAUGGCGAAUACGGAGCAGAGCAAGGGCCCCAAGGUCCCUUCGAGGGCGGCAAGUCUCCAGCGCAUGCUGGAAAUAGAGAGGAAGCAGAAGAUGGCGAGAAUGCAACAAAACCCCUACGCGGCUGGCCCGGGCCGCCGCAGCGACUCUCCAUCUGCCCGUCCAAAGUCGAAUCUGCUCACCCGCCGCCGAGAAUCUUCCCAGCCGCCUCAGGAUGACCGCAGGAAAUCCACCAUGCAAAACUACAACCUGCCGCCCCUCACGGUUCAUCCACUUCCUACGGCGGAGGACAGGUUUGCGAAGCAGCCAGGAACGAGGCCCGGGGUACCCAGGCAAAUGAGGAAGGGCUCGGCAGAUCGCGACAGUCUGCCGUCAGUGGUUAGGGCGACCGGGGGCCAAGGCUCUCCGCAAGUCAAGUCCGUGACGUUCCUUCCCUCGGACGACGGGCAGUCAGAUACCUCGUCAAUAUGCCACUCGCCGACCUGGGACGACUAUGGGAAGAAGAAGAGGAAGGACAAGGAGGCCUCGGCAGGGACAGCGGCGACUAGCCAGACGAAACUGGUGAAAAAGCGACUUGCCAAGGAACCGCCCCCGGCGGCCAUGGAUAACCGGCCGACGCUGAAUCCUCGGGCCAUGUCUGCUCCCUUACUGGAGCGUAUGAGUCUGGACGACGCGCGGUCAACGGACCAGACCCCGCCGAAGUCGCAGCCGGAAGCAAGCAGACCGCCGCUCCCGGCACUGACUGUCAACCCGGGAGCUGUAGAGACAACCCAGACUGCCGUUAGGAGUCCUGCUUUCAUCGGUGGGGUGCGCCUGGAGCGGGAACGUGAAGCGGCCAUGCAGAGACUAACCAAUUCAAGAGCUGCAUCAGCUGAGCGUCCAGCGUCGGAGGUGGUGCAUCAAAACCAGAUUUCGCGGCCCCCAUCAAGCGAGAGGUCGAAGAAGCCAGGGGCCACUUCACCGACCUCAUAUCCCCCGACUGCUUCGAAGACCCCGCUGCUAAACCAGCCGGCCCCGGCAAAGGGACACGCUAGGAAGCGAAGUGGCUCUCUCGGUAGCGUUUUCUCAAAGGUUUUCGGAUCUUCCAAGAACUCGGAGGACUCAAAGCCUUACUUGGACAGACGUGGGUCGCAGGACUCGGUCCAAACGGUCUCCUCGCUAUUCACCCGGGGGCGGAAGAGAAGUGACUCGGCCAACUCGCAGGCCAGGGCCCAGAGCUACGACGUCUAUAACCGGUCCGGCGCAUCGACCCCGAUGAGCGAGAGACGGGGCGCACUAAGCCUCCCGCCACUGGCUUGGAAGAAUGGACGCAAGGGCAGGACAACCUCGAUGAUGGCAAUCCCACCAGACUCGGCGCGAGAUGCGUCCUUCUCACCUGAAGAUACCAAUGGAUUGAAGCAGGACAAUUUUACUUUCCUGGAGCGGCCGUUCUCACCGCCCAUCGAAAGCCCGCUCUCCCCUCCGGCGAGCCUGUCUGCUUCGAUCAAGGCAAAGAGGAGCCCCCAGCUCACCCCUGCGACCACUCCAAAGCCCGUGUCACAGGCCCCGAAAAAGACAUUCAGAGAGGCCAUCAAAGCUGGCUUCAGGUCCUCGACCGGACCUGAUCUCAAGACUUCUUCGCACCGCCGUACAGGAACCGACGAUACGCUCAUCGAUGCUGAUCUUACUCCUACGAUCUCUAGCAAUCCUCACCUUCAACAACACAGCGGGACGUCCGGCACCUCGGCCAACGGUGGAAUGAUGCCGAUUUCUGGGGGUAACGGGGGCUCUACCGAGCAUCAAGCGCGCCAGCAAGCUCCACAUUCCAAAGACUCCGGGGCCUCGUCUUCAUCCUCACAUCCGGAUACAGAGUCCGUACCGCCCUCGCCAGUGACAACCCCGGAUACUUCAAGGCCCCAGUCUUUGAAGGAUGCCCAACCCGUCCGCGUUGAGGAAUUGAGGAAGACACCGCUGGUAUCCUCGCAUGGAUCUAGCGGUCUGGGCUUGCAUAAUCCAUCCGCGGUGGUGGUGAGCUCGUCCAGCAAUGUUUCUUCCCGGGCAAACUCACCACGCAUCGAUAUUGAACUCUCAACCGGCGAUUUCAGCGAUUCGUGGGACUUCACCAACGGGCCGGUCUCUCGGUUCGCCCAAGGGGGUGCUAGGCCGCAGCCAAAAGAAGACGAGUUGUGGCCACUGGGCAGAAAGCCCCUUGACAUGGACCAACUUUCCUUCACCAGUGCUCUCACGAGCCUCGACGUCAAGACCUCUUUCCAGGACCUGGGCUCCCCGCUGUCGGAUAUCGAGCCGCUCUCUCUGGACAAUGCCCCCCAGCAGGGAACCAAGGUGACCCUUCGAGGCGUCAAAGUAGAAGUCGUCAAGAGCCCUGCAUAUGCGAAGAAGGCCAUCUCCGAAGCCCCUUCGCCGACGAAGGACACCAGCUUCCUUCCAGCACUCCGCCACCAACCCCUCCAUCCGCGAGCCAACAGCGGCCGUCCCGCUCAGCCAUCAACAACGCAGAACGAAGCAGUCGAGCGGCCUUUCCAACUCCAGGAAGCUCGAGCCGACCCCCCCGAUCUCUUCCAGGCUCCAGGCGCCGCAUCAAGGCACCUCCAAGAAGCGAGGAAGGCAGCGCCGUCGUCGCCGCGGUCCCCAACGGCGACGACCAGCGGCAGCAGUGCGACUUCGUUGGCCAAUAGCAUAAUGGGCCCACCCGUGCCCCGGUCUUUCGCGCUCACCAGCCGUCCGAAACCAUCUGGGGGCCCUGCCAUUCCCUCCUCGAGGCAUAGCAACCUCGACACAACGGGACUGAAGCCCAUCGCAAAGAUGUUUGUCGAGUGCUGCAGCUGCAAAUUCUACCAGGACAUGCCGUCGCGGGUGUACGAAGCCAUGGCCCGGCCCGAGGACACGGUCAGGGAUAAGAGACUUGGCGUGUCCGGGCAGGUGACCACAUGCGUCAAGUGCCCGUGGUGUAGCCACAACAUGAGCACCCAGUGCUGCGCGGGAUACGCAGCUGUUGUUUAUCUGCGAGAGAAGCUGCAUGGGCCCUAGUUUGGGAAGAUGAUAAUGAGUGCAGAGAUUUAUGGGAAGCCGCUGGUCUGAUGGCCCAGGGGGUGGGCAAGCGAGGAGCCAGGUAUAGACCGUGUCUAGCUGCAAAAGAAAUCGCAGCAGGAGGUGCUGGCAAUUUGAAUUUGAACAGCGCGGCCUUGGUGAUCAAGCCGAUCAUCGCAGUUUGACUACGAGCACACAAGCUGGUUGUGAGCCAGCCCACACUCGCCAACGGUGGACUCUGACAGAUACAUGGAGCACCUAUCACGGAGCAUUGCGGCUUACGAAUCACGAGAAACGCAUUUUGGACGCUAAGAAAUGGACUGGUGUUUACCGAGGCUGUGCUUUACGGCCCUGAAAAGUUCAGGCAUCCGUCUUGUCGCUGACAGGACGGGUCAGUUUUGCUUCGCCCUGCUUGGAAUGAAUUUUGGACCACACAACAGCAUAUUGGCAUAUUUCGGAAGGUCUGGCUGGGUUUUGUGUUGAAUGAAAAAGGGAUGUGGGAUUUCAAAGGCCACGCUACAGCCCCGUGGUGUUUUGCAUGAAUGGGUAGCGCGCCUUGAGGUACAUCUUGCCUGGAGCAUGAGGUAAACUAGGUCAUUUUGGUCGUUGGCCACGAGAGCCACGAAAACCGCGGACGAGGCAAGAUUCGAUAGUGUUUAAUGGAGCCGGCAAACAAUAGAAAAGAAGUGCCGAAUCAUCAUCA